AUGUCCACCGCCACAUCAUCGAAAACUAAAUCGUUGGUUAUUAUUACCGGUGCCAGUUCUGGAAUAGGUGAAGCUGUAGCUCGAGCAUUUUCGGAUGUCGGCCAUCCAUUGUUGCUACUUGCACGACGUCUUGAUCGUUUGGAAGCAUUAAAUUUACCAAAUACAAUGUGCGCAAAGGUAGAUGUUACCGAUCGAGACCUGCUAAAAUUGGCAAUUGAUAAGGCUGUAAAGAAAUAUGGAGCCGUUGAUUGCCUUGUCAAUAAUGCUGGAGUUAUGCUUUUGGGUCAGGGCGAUACUCAGGAUCCAAAAGAAUGGGAACAAAUGAUUCAAGUAAAUGUAAUCGGCGUUCUGAAUGGAAUCCAUGCGGUGUUACCAUCGAUGAAAGAACGGAAACAUGGCACGAUCAUUAAUAUUAGUUCCGUUGCGGGACGAAAAACAUAUCCCAACCAUGCGGUUUACUGUGGAACCAAAUUUGGUGUUCAUGCCAUAACGGAUCAGAUCCGGGAAGAAGUGGCACCUUUCGAUGUUCGUCUCAUCACAAUCGCACCAGGUGUUGUUGAAACAGAAUUAUUGGAUCAUACAACAUCAGAUGAGAUCAAGAACGAUUACAAAGAAAGAAAGAAAAGCAUGAGAAAAGUUCUCGAGCCCGAAGACGUUGCUCGGUCUAUUCUGUUUGCUUACCAACAACCACAAUCAGUUUGCAUUCGAGAAAUUGUUCUCUGUCCAACGGGACAGGACAAAUAA